AAGCCUGUCCGCUGGGCGAGUAUCCGUCAUCCAAUUGGUUGAUUUUUUGAGGGAGCCACGCCUUUUCAGGGGUACGUCACGUUGGUUUUCCUACUCCAGCAAGUGGUGACGGUUGAAGAUGUGGCUGUCCACGCUGCCAAUAACUCCCUGACAAGCGGUCCUCGGAGUCCAGUGUGGAGGGCAAACUCGCCACGCAUGGAGUUGAGCUCGGAGCGUGUGCUGGCACCGCUGGAGAUGUCGCAGACGGCGAGCCAGGGUGGCGAGCCCGUUCCGGGCGACGGCGACUACGAGAGCUUGCCGUCUCAUGUCUCGGUGACAACGCACAUGACAGCGGGGGCAGUGGCUGGCGUCCUGGAGCACACGGUCAUGUACCCCGUGGACUCCGUCAAGACAAGGAUGCAGAGCCUGCAGCCCGACCCCAAUGCCCGGUAUCAAGGCGUGUACGAAGCACUGAGACGGAUCAUCCGCACAGAGGGUUUCCUCAGACCACUAAGAGGUCUCAACAUCACAAUGUUGGGUGCCGGUCCUGCGCACGCGCUCUAUUUUGCCUGCUAUGAACGGGUCAAGCACUCCCUCAGCGACGUCAUUAAAAGUGGAGCCAACAGCCAUCUGGCUAACGGUGUUGCAGGCAGCGUGGCAACUGUCCUCCAUGACGCUGUCAUGAACCCUGCUGAAGUGGUGAAGCAGAGGAUGCAAAUGUACAAGUCUCCCUAUUGUGGACUUUGGGACUGCGUUCGCACGGUGAUGCGCACCGAGGGUGCGGGCGCCUUCUACCGCAGCUACAGCACGCAGCUGACCAUGAACAUCCCCUUCCAGGCUGUUCACUUCAUCACCUAUGAGACCAUGCAGGAGUGGCUAAACCCGCACAGACACUACCAUCCUGGCACGCACAUCGUGUCCGGUGCGGCGGCCGGCGCCAUCUCGGCCGCCGUCACCACACCGCUUGACGUGUGCAAGACGUUGCUCAACACGCAAGAAAAUGUGGCGCUCAGCUCCAUGAACAUCAGCGGCCAUUUGUCGGGAAUGGCCAACACUUUCAAGACAGUGUAUAAGUUGGGCGGAUUGGCAGCUUUCUUCAAAGGGGUGCAGGCUCGAGUGAUAUACCAGAUGCCCUCCACGGCCAUUGCCUGGUCCGUGUAUGAGUUCUUCAAGUACUUCCUGACCAAGCAGGAGGCGAGACCUGCUUCCUGGAACGGAAAGUGAACGUGAGCGCUCCGCGAUGUUUGAGGAAGUAGCAGAGCUGUGACACACCUUCUUGUUACUCCACUGACGUCUGCACGUUUUUUUUUUCUUUUCACAAUGACGUCACUCAAGGGCAAAUGAAUCAAGGAGAAAUUCACACAGUCGUCUUUCAACAUUCUUUCCGACAUACAUAACCACAUUUUCUUGAACAAUGUUUAGAGUUCUUAAUAUUUAUUUAUUUGUGUGGCUUGUAUUUUCCUGGGUGCAGAAGGAAGCAACAUGUCGCUGCUUUAUUUGUUUUACUUGUGUGUAUUUAUAAGGAACAAGCAAACUCACCCUUUUUUCCACUCCAAAUGGGAAAAAUGAAUCUUCCAACUUCCAAGUGCCUCUUUUGCUCUUUAACAGAGCAAGUCUUUGUUUUUAUCCAAUUUGUUUCAAUUUUCUCUUAGUUUUUGACAUUUUUGUCAUAAAGAAUGGGAAUUUGACAAUUUUCCUGAUCUCUAAUGACAUUUUUUCAUGCAAUUUAUGAAAGAUUCUCUCUGAAUGUUCUGAACUCUUGUCUCCUUGGCAGCGGUGUAUUGAGGUGAAUAUAGAUCUGUGUGGCUGUCCUGUAGCUCAACUUCCCAUCGCUGACAUAAGAUCAGGGUGUACAUUAAACGGCAAACCAGUCUUGACUGAAUCAACAGUCCGGCUCCUUGUUGCAGCCAAAUAUUGUUACAUUUUGCCACCGAUCUUUCAUGAUCGGCGGAACGAUGUGCUAAUGGUUUGCACAUCUGCCUCACAGUACUGAGGUUUGCGGUUUGAACUUUGUCUUUCCUCCGCAUUCCAAAAGCAAGCAAGUUGGUUUAAUUCCAGACUACAUUCUCUAUAGGUGUCGUGUUUGGAAUUUUUUUUUUUCUACACGGACUAGUUCAAAGUUCAGUUCAUAGCUUUAAAACGGAACAAGUUAAAUUUAUAGUUUGUCAUUCAAAAAUCGGAACCAAGUUCAGUGUUAAAAAAAAAAAAUGAACCAGUUCAUAGUUCUUUUUGUUUCCUUGUUAUAUUGGUGACAGACAAAUUCUCCUCCAAAUCCUGGCAUUUCCCCAUUGUUGCAACCCUUCCGGUCUACACUAGUAGCCAGCUGCAGCGUUCACCCUUCAGGCCCUGAAACUUGCUUGAAUCACCUUUUUUUUGAAUGGGAAAUUAAACAAAAAAGAGAGACACUAGUCUUCAAUUUGCAAACAAACAUGCCACACAGGAUGACAGAGAGGAUGAUGAAACUCACAUUCAGUCUCCAGCUUUGUUCCCUUUGCACUCGUUCAGGUACAACACUGCAUAGGUAUGAAUGAUUAUUCAUCUACAUGUGCCCUGUGACUGGCUGGCAACCAAUCCGAGUGGCACAGUGCUGUGAAAAUGUGUUGGGUCCCCUUCUAAAAUUCUCAUUUUUCCACAAUUUUCCCCAUAAGCUUAUCGGAGAAAGGUAAAUAUCAGCCAAAUAUGACUAAAGUGAAAUUAAAAUGUUGUUUUUGAAUGAUUUGAUUUAUUAAGAAAUAAUAAAAUAUAGUUACCUGGCCCUCUGUGGAAAAAGUAAUUAACCCCCUUGUUAAAUCAUGUAUCAACUAUGGCUAAUCACAAACCAUAUGGAGAGCCAUUAUCCUCACACAGAGAAGACAUACAGUAGUGGUGAACCUUCCCAGUAGUUGCUGGCCCAUUAUCCCAGCCUUGGGCUGCUUUUCUCCUUCAAGACCUGGACAACUUGUUGUGAUUGAUGGAACUGUGAAUGUUGCGGUGUAACGGGAAAUUCUUGGAGAAUGCUCACAUUAGUUUCAGACCUCAAUCUGAAAAGUAUUUGGGUUUUCCAGCAGGAUAAUGAUCCAAAACACACUAGUCAACUUCUUAAUGCCUUAGAAAAACAAAAGAAGGUUUUGGAGUGGCCUGAUCAAAGUCAAGACUUGAAUCUGAUUGAAAUGACCUUUUAAAAGGCCGCUCAUGCACAAAAACACACAAUUUUUGCAAAAUUCAAACAAUUGUGUAAGGAAGAGUGGGCCAAAAUAUGUCCAUAGAGAGCACUCAUUUCCUGUGAUAGGAAAGUCAUUAUUCAUUUAUUUUUUUACCCCACACAAGGUCGGGUUAACAAUUUUUUUUUCCUUAUAAGAUUAAAUUGCCAUUUAAAAACAAUUUUAGUUUCACUUGGGUUAUAUGUGUUUAUUCAGAUUUAUAUCAUGAUCUGCUGAAACUUCAAAAAUAUAAAAAAUUGAGAAAGGGGCCAAUACUUUUUCAUGACACAUUUCCCCCAAACUCUGAUAAGCUCCAUCUCACCCACAACUUGAAUGAGAAAAAGGACUUUAGAAAAGAGAUGAAUUGAUGUACAAUUUGGACAUAUGAAUGUUUAAUUAAUUAACACUCCGUUCUCAAUUCUUGGUCAAUGAAUUGAUGGCCUGCCCCAUCGCCAUUUGUCCCUGUAGCUGUUUGUUCUUGUAAAAGUGUCACUCAGCCUGAUGGCGUGCACUGCAGGUUCGCCACAAGACAACGCUAAAACCCUCUUAAAUCACUCACGCUAUACAGUACAGAAUGACUGGUUGUGGAGUGAUACAUUUACCUGACAUUUUGUGCGGGCAGUGUAGCUUCAGUUCCUACUCAUACAUGGUGUGAAUGUAUGUGUGUGACUGGUUUUCCAUGUCUAUAUGUGCCCUACGACUGAUCCGCGAUCAGUUCAGCGUCUAGUCUGCCUUUCACCAGGAAUUAAAUGGGGUAGGCUCCAGCACCCCGCAACUCCGAACAGGCUUUGCGGUAUUGAGAAAGGAUGGAUAAAUAUACAGUACAGUUGACUCCACACAAGGAAGCUAUUGGAGGUCUGACCAUGGCUUGUCACAGACCUGAAUGAGCUGUUACAACCUUUGUGGUUGUACAUAAGUUUUCCAAAUUGUACUGUAUAUCAAAUAAUUACUUGUUUUUCAACCCACUGCUUUUUUUUUUUCAAAGACAUUCCUGCAUCUCUAAACAGGGAAAAAAAGUAGCAUUUUAGUCUUUAUUUUGGUAAUGUAUACAACCCACCAAAGACAUUGUAUCAAAUAAUAUUUUUUUAUGCAUUUGCUUUUUAACCUGUAUGUCUCCACCAUGUCCACUCCAUGAGUCCUCCUGAGUCACAGCCAGACUCUUAUUUUUGUGUAUGUUUACAGUCACAUUGUGGUGACCACUGCAAGUCCCUUCCUGCUCAGCAUUGUUUCAAAAGUGGAUAGCUGGGCUUUUUUUGUUGUUGUUGCGCACAUAAUCUACUCACCCGAAUAGUGGCAGUUAACGAGCAACCGUUUACUUAUCAUUGGCUUUUAGUAUGUUUUGAUGUGUUUAAUGAUUGCCGUUUUCUUUUGACUCAUUCAACCUGUACACACACUUUAUAUAAGCCAUAGUUGCCCUCCCAGAAUUCCCCAUGAGCAAAUGGGAAUUCUUUGGUUGACCUUUAUAUAUGCAUUUGCGUCAUCUAUAUUUUAUGAGGUAAUCAUGUCGCUAAUUCAAGUGAAGAAAAUACGCUCUUCAUCUCUCUGUAGGUCACUCUAGCCUGUGCUUGUUUGCGUGUGAGUGUGUGUAGAUAUAAUUGUUUUUACAUGUAAAUGUGUUACGCUGUUUACGCACAAAUACCUGAGAUGGCAUUUGAAUGUUAGACCAUAUCUACGAGAAAUCAUUUUGACAAUGCUGCUACAGCAUGUAACAUUGGAGCUGAAAUAAACAAGUGAGAAGUGAUUGGAUUGGUGGC